UAUGGAUCGCCAGAACGGGAACGACCCCACGAUGCCGAACUUGAACGAUGUCAAUAUGGAAUCCGUCAGUGACUUUUAUCAAGGAUCUGUGGUUAUGGUGACCGGAGGGACAGGCUUCGUGGGAAAAGCCCUCCUGGAGAAGUUGCUGAGAAGUUGUCCCGGGAUCGAGACCAUUUAUGUUCUUAUGAGACCCAAGCGAGGACUCACGGUCGAGCAGAGGUACAAGGAAUUACUCAAGCAUCAGGUGUUCGAUCGUAUUCGCGCGCGUUGGCCCGAACGUUUGAGCAAGUUGACACCGAUCGCUGGUGAUGUGUCGGCUCCGGCGUUGGGCGUCAGUCCUGAGCAGCGCCAGCAACUAGCUGACGUCACCGUGUUAUUUCAUUCCGCUGCCACAGUGCGUUUCACGGAGCCGCUGCAUACCGCUGCGGCACUCAACGUACAAGGCACGGCGACGCUGCUCGAGCUGGCUGCAGAUAUGCCACUCCUGAAGGCCCUGGUGUACGUGUCAACAGCUUACAGCAAUGCUCCCCGCGCGCACAUUGAGGAGCGUGUGUACCCUCCACCCUACGACCCUGACGGGCUUAUCCGUUGCGCCAAGAUGCUGCCCCAGGAGACCAUGACUGUCAUAGCUGAGACACUGCAGGGUGACCAUCCCAAUCCGUACACCCUGACAAAAUCGCUGGCAGAAUCUAUCGUAUAUAGUCACAGCGAACUGCCUGUCUGCAUCAUCAGACCCUCCAUAGUGACCGCUGCCAUGCAGGAACCAUUCCCUGGGUGGAUUGACAACGUUUACGGGGUUACUGGUAUUAUCAUGGAAAUGUCUCGCGGGACAUACCGUUCUGGGUUCUGCAAGGAGCGCUACGUUAUGGACAUAGUACCAGUGGAUCUGGUUGUCAAUAGUUGCAUAUUGGCCGCAUGGAGACAGGGGGUAAAGAAACCCGGCCGCUGCCCUGUGUACAACGUAACCUCAGGCUCUAUCAAUCCAUUGCGAUGGGGAGAAUUUUCUAAGCUAUGCAUCAAAUGGUCCAGAGAGAAUCCUACCAAAUACGUGAUGUGGUACCCCAACUUCUCGUUCACGCAGUCACGAUUCAUGAACACCUUCUGGGAGGUGUCCUGCCAUUUUCUGCCUGCGUUUCUUUACGACAUCCUCCUCAGGGCUCAGGGGAGAAAAGCUAUCAUGAUGAAACUAGCACGUCGAUUCAAAAUGGCGGCGGCUACUGGCGAGUACUUUGCGAACCACGAAUGGCAAUUCGGCAUCUCUGAGGUAUCUGCAUUGCACAGUGAAGCAGAAGCAACAAUGGAUGGCGGCAAUUUCCCAAACUGGCCAGUCUUCGACUGGGACGAGUACAUGGGCACGUAUAUGAUGGGCAUCCGGCGGUUCAUCUUGAAGGAUUCCGCUGAGUCUUUGCCGCAGGCUAGGAGGAAGCUUGCCAGAUUAUACUGGUUCCACCGUUUGUUCCAAGUUGCGACCGGGUACUACAUGUUCAAGUUCGUGGCUGGACGUAUGCGGUAAAACAAAAAUACGUGGGAGUAUUCAAGGCUAUGAAAUAGGCAAACAUGCAAAUAGUGCAUUGUGUGUUAAAGGCGGUAAAUAAGGGAUUAUGAAUUGAAAGCCCAAAGUCGAAGAGAGCUUUCAGAUUCGUAGUUCGAAAUUCCAAUACCGCCCGUGAAAGUUUCAAUAUUUUUCAUCAUAAUUGCGAGUAAAUAGAAUAACUGCACGCAGGCUAACUUGAUUAUAAUGCCCCAAAUAAAUUGCAGCCAUGGUCGUGUAAUGAGAAGAAAAAGGCCCGAGAGUUUUAUUUGUGGCGAUAUAGUCAAUUUAGGCUGCAUGCAAUCAUGCUAUUUACGUGCAACUGUGAUGAAAAAUAUAUUAAAAUAAUGAUUUUUUUUUAUUUUAAUGAAAAUAGUUACGUAGUAAAAAAAUGUUUAAAUGUUUAAGCGUAAAACAAUUUUUGCUUAUUUGCGAUGCCUCUUUUAUGACGCCAGUGUAAGUUGUGAUCGCAAACUCAUAAUGCCCUAUCGUUACAGAUGAAAACCAGGCAAAGUUGAUAUAAUUGAACUAACUAUUUAUUUUAAAUACCAAAAAUAAUAUUUGACACAUGGGUUGACGAAAGUGGACGAGUUUAUGAAACAAAAGAAGCAAUUGGUAAUUACGAAAUAUUUGCUCUGAAUAAAACAGUAGGUUCUUUUGCGUUCACAUAUUCGUUGGUCAAUAAUAACGGCUACUUCGUUGGUGCAGUUUGACGUUUUGUUUACGUCUAUGACUUUGAAAACUGUAAUAAAAUCUGCGGUCACCCACCUACUCCAACCUGUGGUAUGAGCAGUGAGUAAAAUUACUGUAGGAACUGAAUAUUGUAAACUAUUUUUCGGAUCUAAUCGCUUAUAUUUUGUUUUUGUUUCGGACAAAUCAACGUUUCGUUAUGGGCCUUUUACAGGUCUCAUUGUCACAUCUGAAAGACGGAAAAGUCAACAACGAGUUAUGCCGAUACGUCCAAUCAACAUUACGCCAACUUCAUUUUUGGAUCUGUUUUUAUUUCGUUUCUUUUGUUCACUAAAGUCGAUUUGUUGUUUUUCGAAUUUACUUUUUUGUUUCUUUUUUUCAAAAAAUUUCUAAUAUAAUUAGUAAAUAAAUAUUGGCUGUUUACAAAAAUAACAGAAAAUGACCAAAAAAUUAUGUUCGCUUAGUGUUUAUUGGAGGUAGGUAUCGAUGUCUAAUAAUUAUGCAGACCACCCUAUUUUUUGUAGUUACAAAAGUUAUUAAUUAAAUACCUUAUUUUAAUGUUUAAAAAACAAAAUAUUGUGACACUGUGAAUUUUUUAUAUUAAAUUAAACUUAUUAUUCUUAAUGGAAAUUAGAAAUAAAUUAAAAAUUUUCACCACCACAAUCAGCCGUGACCAUAGGACUGGGCCUCCUUGCGUUCUCCGUUCAACAUCCGUCCGAAACAAAGGCUCAAUUUAUAUUGCCUGGGGAAGAAAUGAAAACGGAAUAUUCGCACAUGCUCGAGAAUGCUCGCGUAUUCCGUAGAAGAUUUGGGCUCAUAUCUAGUUUGUAC